AUGACAGACGAGGCAGGAGGCAGUGCACCGCCAGGUAUCGCAGCGCUUCCACCAACAACAGUGCGACAGAUAGGCUCUCACCAACUGCUCACUUACCCCACCUCAGUCGUCAAGGAGCUGAUCGAUAAUGACCUCGAUGCACGAACGAAGAGUAUCUUUGUUGACAUCACUGCUAACACGAUCGACUCGAUUCAGGUCAAGGAUGACGGUCACGGCAUACCCGGCGAAGACCGAGCACUCGCCUGCCGUCGCUACUGCACCAGUAAGAUCAGAGACUUCCACGGUCUGAAAGAGGUAGGAGGCAAGUGGCUCGGCUUCCGUGGUGAAGCGCUCGCUAGUAUAGCCGACAUGACCGGUACAGUAUUGGCCACGACUCGCGUGGAGGGUGAGCCAGUGGCUGUAAAGCUCACCUAUAAGCGCAAUGGCGAGUUCACUUCAACAGAGUGCGACUCCCAUCCAGUCGGCACUACAGUCAAGGUUACAAAACUGCUGGAGUCAGCGAAGGUCCGGGAAGAGCUGGCCAUCAAAGGUUCAGCGAAAUGCCUUGCGAAGAUCCGACGUCUCAUGCAGGCCUAUGCGCUCGCAAGACCUGCCGUUCGGUUCAGACUGCACGUCUUGGAGGCGAAGAACAACAAAGGCGACUUCGUCUAUGCACCCAAAGCGAACGCCAACGUCGAAGAUGCUGCUCUCAAGAUCAUUGGCACAGAGUGCGCUUUGCAAUGUGACUUUGACUCCAGACCGGUGUCUUUCAACCGAGGCACUCUCAAGAAGAUUGCGACCGCCGUCCGAGAGAAACUCCGCAAGGCUAACUCGACACUCGCAAACGUGAAGGACCCUUUCUUUUGCCUGAACAUCAUCUGUCCAGUCGACAGUUACGAUCCCAAUAUUGAGCCUGCGAAAGACGAAGUCAUCUUUGGCGACAAGAACUUUAUCAUUGCGAUGGUCGACCGACUGCUUGUCUCAUACUAUCCGGAGAAUGCGAACAGUGCUAAUCCUACCGAGGAGACCGAGUCAAAAGACUUGAUGGUCACGCAGCCAACUCAGAUAUCUGACGUCGAGGAGCCAUUGCCAAGACCACAGAUGUCCUUCUCCAUUCAUGAAGACCCCCCUGUUGAGGAGAGCGAUGUUUCCAGCUCGACAGCACAACAGCAGCAACCACACUGGAGGUCAAGCAUGUACAGUCUCGACGAAGAUCUUAAGUUCUUGCAGGAGAACGUACCCGAUGUAGAUCGCCACGACGCAGCCCUCUCCAACCCGUGGACAAUUGCCCGCAUGAACGCUCCCAUCAAGCCCAAAAAGCCAAUUAGCAACGGACAGUUGCUUAGUCCAAUAAAAAGCCAAAGCGAUGCAUUUACAGCACCUCGGUCUCCUGUACCCGCGGCUACACCACAUCAAUCUAGGCCCGUCGAGCCUUUGACCUCUCAGACCUCAUCGCAAGCCAACGCACUCAGUGAUCGACUCAACGAUGAGCUACAGCAAAGCUUUCAACGCUUACCAAGGCCUGCUCCUCUUGAUGGUUCAGUGUUUGGUCACAGUCCAGGUCCACGGAUGAAUCGCUCUCCUGAGUUGCCAUCAUUCGAAGAGAGAAUGCCUCCUGAUUUUGUUCAAACGGCACCUCAAGCCGUCUCGGAUGCAUUGCUUGCGGGCUCGGUAGCCCCACGACGCAAUCCUAGACCCCAACAAUCGUUCAAUAACAAACCAUUUGUACAGCCAGCUCCCCAGUCGAAUGACACUUGGUUCGGUCUGUCCAUGCGUAACGCGGCCAAAGCCUCUCGUCCUCAAAAGCGCCCUCGACAACAAGGUCUGUCCUUCCAUUCUAAUGGUGAUGCGUUCAAUUUGCAGAUGUCUCUGGUCUUAUCGGCAGCCGAACGUUUGGUAGAGGCGAGACUGACCUCGGAGAACAAUACUGACAAUCGUGACUUCCUCGGCCUGGGAAGGCGUGCCUCGCUUGAUAUUACUUCUCCUGCUCGAUCAAGUGACCCACACCCACAGCACAUGGCUGAACAACUUCGAGCGUACGCUGAGCAAGAUAGCUCAAUGCGAAGUUCACCAUGCAGACCACAAUCGGCCGACUUGUACCGUCGCUCAACGGGUACAGCUCAGGAGAUGGAUACACUCUUCCAAAUCCAUCAAGGUACAUUGCCAGGCCCGGCCUCAAGCCCUGUACGUAAAACUAGGUCUUCAGAUAUGACGUACGCACCCCAGCUCGCAGCUAAUACUCGGCUUCGUCGAAUGAUAGAUGGCGGUCUUCACCGUACGAAAUCGUCUACCCUUCCUCUCAACUUCGUACCUCACGGCUUCGAAACUCACAAUCUAGCCCUUAUGACAGACACGACUGUCACAUCCAUUAUGCAGCAAGGUCGCAAGCUCAACAGGACCGCCAACAGUCUCGGGUGGGGCUACGACAGCAUGGAUGCAUUCGAUGUCUUCGAUGUCUUCGUUACACCCAUUUCCAAGCGCAAGAUUAUGGACUGGGUGGCUAAGAUCGACAGCAUGCUACACGCGGUCUUUGAGAGGGUGGAUGGAGUAGAAGUCCGAGGCGCGCUUCACGAGACUGUUCAGCGCUUAUUCAACGCGCGCAAGCAAGAGGAGGAAAAGGAUAAUGUGCGCACAGUGGUUACCACAGACCAACAUACGUUACAGUCGGGUGCCAAAAGUCUGUUCGCGACGGCUUUACCCCACCAAAAUUGA